UUGGCUAUCCGGGAAAUUUUGCAGCUACCUCAUCCCUUGCUAAGGCAGAGGGCACGGAAGGUGCGCACUAUAGACGAAAACGUGCUGCGGCUCGCAUACGACAUGGUUGAUACCAUGCGGAAGGCUAACGGCGUUGGACUUGCCGCGAAUCAGGUCGGGGAAGUUCGGCGUGUGAUAGUGAUCCAACUUCCGGAUGAAGAAGAGGCGCGCAUUUACGUCAAUCCUGAGAUAACACUCAGGGAAGGGGAGCGCCGAGUUGAGGAAGGCUGCCUGAGCAUAGCCGGAUAUAAGGGCAUGGUCACGCGCUCGGUCUGGGUGAAAUUCCGCGCACUUGAUCACACUUCAACGCUCGUCAAGCUGAAGGCCGAGGAUACUCUCUCACAAGCGUUGGAGCACGAGGUCGAUCACCUCAACGGCAUCCUGUACAUUGACCACAUGGAAGCCCACGAGAAACUGGUCAAAGUGGAACCGGAUGGCGAAAGCCCGGCGGAUUCUGAUGUCGAUGAUAAUUCGGAGAUCGGAGAGCCCGAUACCGGAGACACCGAUAGAAGGGGAAAUGCCUCCAAUGAAGCGUCCCAUCAUUCGGACAGUGGCUUGUGGCUGCCGGAACAAGAUUCGCGCAACACCCCCGCAACCUUAAAGCUCAAGUAA